AUGAUCUCGCAACUCCCCUCACCCGUCCUCUCGGUCGCCGCCGACGCCGUCCGGGAGCUUGAAGGCGAGGACGCCCUCUCUGGACUCUGGGCUCUGUUCACAAAGUGCAAAGAGUCCCUCAAGGACGGCCGGCGGCUCGAAAACAUCUCCUGGCGUCUCUGGUACCGCGAAAUCGCUGCACAGCAGACCUUUACCUCGCCAGGCAGCCUAUCCCCGCCCUUCUCUGAGAAACAGCGGAGUCCAACUCCUAUCACACCCAUAUCAGAGGACGACGAGAAGGCUCAUGAGCGUGGUAUGUAA